GCGGGGCGGGGAGCGUGUUGGCUGUGUGGCGUAGGGCCAGGGCGCUGUGGCUGUGUUAGUGGGGAAAGAAAAACUCUGAAAUCAUGGCGGGGAAACCCAAGCUGCAUUACACCAAGGGAAGAGGGAAGAUGGAGUCAAUCCGAUGGCUGUUAGCAGCAGCUGGGGUUGAGUUUGAGGAAGAAUUCAUAGAAACAAAAGAAGACUUAGAAAAAUUGCGCAAUGAUGGAGUCCUGCUGUUUCAGCAAGUGCCCAUGGURGAGAURGAUGGSAUGAGGAUGGUGCAGACCAGAGCCAUCCUCAGCUACAUUGCAGCAAAGUACAACCUCUAUGGGAAGGACCUGAAGGAGAGAGCCUGGAUUGAUAUGUAUGUGGAGGGAACUACAGACCUUAUGGGAAUGAUCAUGUAUCUCCCUUUUCAACCAGCUGAUACAAAAGAAAAGAAUCUUGCCUUAAUCAUUGAACGAGCUACAAACAGGUACUUUCCUGUUUAUGAAAAGGCCUUAAAAGAUCAUGGACAGGAUUAUCUUGUUGGCAACAAAUUAAGCUGGGCAGAUGUCCAUCUGCUGGAAGCCAUUUUAAUGGCAGAAGAAUGCAAGCCUGAUGUACUGUCUGCAUUCCCUCUGCUACAGGCUUUUAAAGGAAGAAUCAGCAACAUUCCAACAAUCAAAAAAUUCUUGCAGCCUGGCAGCCAGAGGAAGCCACCAACAGAUGAGAAGUUUGUUGCUGUUGUGAGGAAAAUAUUCAAUAUCUAAUCGGAUGAGGAUAACACAACUGUGGUAUGUUACCAGAGCUUAUCUUGUAAGUGUAAAGUGCAUAGAUAWGCUCUAUAACUUGCAUCAUAUGGCCAGUGUUGAAACAAUACACUGUGAAUACGCUUUUAUAGUAGACUAAAAGGCUAAUUUGGACCUGUUGAGUCCAGAAAGUAGUAUUUCAUGAAGCAGUUACAUGAAAUAAAAUACGCUGACACUUUGUGUGUGUUCCAUUACGCUGCAUGCUUGGUAGGGUACAAUGUUUCAACUGUAGCUUCCAGAGUACUGUAGAAAGCCACACAAUCUCCAACCCCCCCUUUAUAAAUUAC